GGGGCUGUCGCGGCUGCUGCUGGCGGCGCGGGGGUGGGGGCGCCUGGGCGCCAUGGCCCGCUACAGCACGGAGCAGCGAGGCCGGCCCAACUCGCCCGAUUACCGCCUCUACUUUAAGAAUGCAGAUGGUAAAUAUAUUUCCCCAUUUCAUGACAUUCCACUGUUUGCUGCAUCUAAAGAGGUCCUAUAUAAUAUGAUUGUAGAAGUGCCUCGUUGGACUAAUGCAAAAAUGGAGAUUGCCACUGAGGAGCCAUUGAAUCCCAUUAAACAAGAUAUAAAGAAAGGGAAGCUUCGAUAUGUGGCAAAUAUCUUUCCUCACAAGGGUUAUAUAUGGAAUUAUGGUGCCCUCCCACAGACCUGGGAAGAUCCAAACCAUACAGAUACCAUUACAGGAUGUUGUGGGGAUAACGAUCCUAUUGACGUUUGUGAAAUAGGUUCAAAGGUUCGUUCUUCUGGUGAGAUUGUUCAAGUGAAGGUUUUGGGUGUUUUAGCUCUUGUUGAUGAAGGAGAGACAGAUUGGAAGAUAAUUGCUAUCAGUGUGGAUGACCCAGAAGCUCAUAAAAUCCAUGAUAUUGAUGAUGUCAAGAAGCACAAACCAGGUUACCUUGAGGCUACAGUUGACUGGUUCCGAUUAUAUAAAGUCCCUGAUGAUAAACCAGAAAAUCAUUUUGCUUUUAAUGGAGAAUUUAAAGACAAGGAUUUUGCUGUUGAAAUUAUUAAAUCCACCCAUGAACACUGGAAAGCUUUGCUUCAUAAAAAAGCUGAUGGAGGUACUAUUAAUUGCACAAAUGUUCUGGUGAGUGGCAGCCCAUUUUGUUGCAGUGAGGAGGAUGCCCGGUCAAUUGUUCAGUCGGCACCAGUGCAUGUGAAUGGAGAUUCUGUUUCCCCAGAAGUUGAUUUCUGGUACUUUUGUCCCAAGUGAUCAUCAGAGUCUUCUGGAGGUGCAUCAUCAAAUCUUAAAGCCGUCCCUUUUUUUGAAGAUGGGCAAGAGCACUAAUUGUUGGAUUCCUGUUGAAACAACUUUUCAACUUGUGUAAACCUUCUCUCUUGUAAAUAAACACUGCCAUUAUAAUAAAUGUUUCCUUUCCAUGUCUGUCUUUGUGUAGGGUGGAACAGAGGGAAGAGGAGGGCUUGCUUGUGUGUUUAUUUCUGCAUCUCAGAACUCCAGAAUUGCUUGGAUCCACUCAUGAAGUGUAGUAUUGAAUGAGAUGGGAGAUAAGUUGUCUUUAACCUUGUUCUCCAGAUUUUGGAAUAAUCCAGCCAUCGAGUGCAUAGAAGACUGUUAAUUUAUAUCUUAGGGCUUUUCUGGCCACCCUGACUUUAAUCUGUUUCAAGUAGACAGUAAUCUUUAUGUAAUAGGCUUAGGAGUUUACCAUGUUCUUUGAUAGGUGACUGUUUCCUGAGUUGUAUUUACUUUUGUGCCCAGUUGUCUCUGCAUGCUUUGUAGAGUUAUGAGCAGAGCAUACUUGCUUUAAAAAAAACAAACACAACAUCAUUGCAAAGAUUAAUUCAACUGGGAAGGGCUAACGCCAUAACAAUUGAAGUAAGGAUGCACAUGGCUCUCUGUUCAGCAUCCUGUUUUGAUAACUUGUGUGUUUCAUCAUACAGGAAGGAUUUUCCUUAUGGAAAGCUUCCAUUUUUAGAAUUGUGUAUGCUUUUGACAGUUAGUUAUUCAUUCAAUGAGACAAGAUUAAUAAAAUGUACAGAACUAAGUUUUGUACUUUCAUGGUAAAAAUAUCUGCCAUUUUUUCCUACUGCAGGAUUAUAUCUGGCUUGUCUGUACGACAGUGUUCAUUAAAGACAAAAAAAACCAGCUGUUAAGUAGAAAGAGAGGAAAUGAUAAUAUAGACAGACAACUUCAUCCAGCUUGUUACUAAGACCAAAGGUGAGCAUUGUCUGCUUUGUACAGUGUCGGAAACAAAAGGUUAAUCCUGCUGACAUAGGAGGGAAGUGGAAGAUAAAGAACUGAAAAAGUUAUGCUGUGGCUUGCCAUGGAGGACUAACUUUUCCUAUACAAAGAAUAAGUUUUUAGUAAGAAAGCUUUCACCUUUGGAAAUGUUUCUUUGAUUUUAGGAUACGAUAUCCCUGGUUUAGAGACUCCUCUAGUAUACUGUCUAGUGUAUAAGCACCAGUCACUUCAGUCUGGGCCACAGCACUUAGGAGCAGAUGAAGUUCUCCCAUCUGCAUAGAGCUCUGCAUUGUUUUAUACACAAGAGUUCAGGUGUGGUAUGAAAAGUGCAACAUAAAUCUCAGAUAUUAAGGACUACUUUCAUUUUUUGUAGUCAAGGCAUAUGUUGCAUCCAACGUACCCUUACAGUACUGAUUUUCUGUGUUUAUUUUAUAGUUUAGAAUUCUAUAUGCAUGCAGCACUAUAGGUACUGUCUUUCUUAAAUAGAGUAAAUGUUUCUUGAGUGCCUUUUGUUCACAUCGAGCCUCUCAGGAUGAGUUUCCUCUUGUUAGAGGUGAGCUCUUGUAGCUUACACAACAGCUACUGCAUUUGCCUGUAUGGCACUACACCUUCGAGGCAUACUGUUUUAUAAAGUACCUAAGGACAGCUGGACAAUAAAGGGCACUGUGUAAAAUCAAAUUAUCUUCCCUAUACAGUGGUCACUGCUGUCCUUUUUUUCCUUUUUUUUUUUUUUUUUUUAAGUUACUUAAUUUUUACUUCAAAUGAUUUUAGUAGUGGUUUUUAAUUUCUAAGUGUAUUGCUGGAAUGUGGUUAUGAAUUCAGAAGGAAAAAUAGAUUUCUAAAUCAGAUUAGGCUUUGUGCAAGAAAAUGACAAGGAGUACUUGGGAAAGCUGAAAAUUGAAGUGAUUGGAAAUGCCUAAUACUGCCAUAAAUUUGAAAAUGUUAAAAUAUUUCUUCCAUGUAGAGUAUGUAAAUAGAUGACUGUCAUGCUGAAAGUAGUCUGAAGACAAGUGUUUGUGUACAUUUUCUGAAGAUUUUUCCCAAGUGGGAUAUAAAGAUGUGCUGUUACACAUAGCCUUGCUGCCAGAAUGUACUGCAUGCUACUAAUGUGGAUCUCAGAAAUUCAGUGUAAUUAAAUAGCUGUGGAGAGAAUGUCUGCUUAUAAGAGGAUUAGAGGAAUGGGACAGAGAAAUUAGAAUAUUAUUUUUCAGAUCUCCUCAGGAAAAAGAACAGUCUGUGCAAUAAACACAUUAUUUUAUUUUGGCUGUUUUGUAUUUGUAUGUUUGUAUUUAUAUGCCUAUAUUGUUGUAUUUAAAAUUGGUUUCACUGUAGCAGGAAGCUAAGUGUAGCAAUAGUUUUAUGAAAAGAACUUUUUAAUAUCUGAUACUGAUAUCUUCUGUAAGUAAGAACAUGGAGAGAAACGUUAUUUUUUUUCCUCCAGGAAAUAAAUCCAUCUUAACUGUAUUUUUUUUUGUGUUGAACAUAAAAUACACAUAUUUCUUUCAAGGAUAAUUUUUCAUCUUGCUUUCCUCUUUUUGUGUGUUUUGGAGAGAAAGGAGAGGUUACCUUUUUUUUCCUCCUCACUGUUAUGACAGUGAAGGUUCUUUUUACUUCUAUAAUUAGCUGCUGCUCAAAGUAUUACCUUUUACUGGAUGGAGUCCACACAUCAAUCCCCCCAGUGGAAAGUGGGGUUUGAGUUUUACUUAUGUGGAAAUAAUGUUCAUUAUUCUUUUUUAAAGUGUGAAAAUAAAAGGACUGU